CUUAACUUCUUCCUCUUCAUCUUCGCCCUCCCACUUGUUGGUUCUGAUUGCGAGGUCGAAUUUCGCUUCAGAGUUAUCGACAUCUGUAACGUUGAAGGUUAAAAUCAUUUCGUCGUCUUGAACUGAAGUAUAGUCAUGUACUGUAGAAGACGUUCGUAUAUUGAUUAUUUCAUACCCCAAUCGACGUCCAUGGUGAAUCUUGGAUUAUUUGCGGACGAUUUCGUUCGUAAAUGAAACAAAAUCUUUUUGAGCUAACGUGGUCGAACAGAUCACGACUGGAAUCGAGCGGGCCAUACUGCGCGAGGAAGCGUGUGCCUUUCUUGCAAGAUAGUGGUGGUGCAACUCAAAUUAUAUGUUUCAAAGAUUGGAUACCCUAUAUAUGAAAACAAUAUCAUAGAUGACGUCUACGUAAAAUGAAUAAUUGUCAAUUGGAAACAUUAGUAAAACAGAAAAUAAAUAUUUGGGAAAAUUAGAACAACAACUAAAUCACUUUUUCUAUGUUAAUAAAUUUUACGCAAUAAAUAGUCCAUUUUUAAAAAAAUAAAAUUUACGUUCCGUUGUUCAAUAUAUUUUUACUUCUUUUAUUAUAAUUCUAUAUCUAACGAGUUAUAAACUUAUUAAAAUUAUAAAUUGAAACUAUCCAUUAAAACGUUUAUCACAUUGCAAUAGUAAUAUGUGUGGUACCUACCCUAAUUGAGUAUAGCAGAGCGUAUGGUAAAUGUUGAUGCGGCAUUACAUUUCACUUUAUUGCGAAAUCAAAGCUGUUAAAAAUAAGAAAUAAUUAAUAAAAAUUAUUACAUGAUUCUAAAUUUGUUACAUGUACUGUUUACUAUAAGAAGUACAUUUAAUAUUAUUAGAAAUGUCUAACAACGAUGGAAAAAUGUCUUUCUUUGGACCUUACACUAUUUGUCCGUUUGAUAAAUAUCAUAGAAUUAUUGAUGGUAGACUUCAAAAACAUAUAUUUAAAUGCAGCAAAAAUUAUCCAAAUCAGAGAGCUACAUGUCCUUUCAAUGCGAACCAUAGAUUAAAACCAGAAGAGUAUGAGCAUCACCUAUCAGUAUGUCCUACAAAUGGAAAUGUGAUAUGCUACCAGAUGUCAUUAGAAUCAGAAAAAGAAAUCGGAACAGUAUCUUUACAAUCUGCAUGCAGUAUGGAAACUAAUGUUUGUUAUGGCGAAGAUUGGUCUGGAGAUAAUAAUGUAACGUAUGAUCCACUAACAGCUUCAGAAACUAAAAAUGUAUUUAGACCAGUAAUAGGAUUAUCAAAGGCAAAGAAGAAACAAUACAAAAAUUAUGAAAGGGAGAGGAUAGCUAAGAUUGAAAAACACAACACCAAUGGUAGCAUAGACAGUAAAAGUUUUAUAAAGAAAGAAUCAGAAUCAGAAUCACCACUACGAGUACCUAAAAAUGCUUCUAAAGCAAUGUAUUUUAGAGAUGAAAGCACUGAUGAUAAAAUUUCCUUUGAAGAUUUAAUUUCUAAAUUAAAGGAAACCAAGGUAGAGGAUGACAGUAAUAUCAAACCAGAGAAAUAUGUAUCCACAGCAAAUAAUACUUCUUUGCGAAGAGAUUCUACAGGAAAUACUACAAAUAAUAAUAUUACCAACAAUGAUGUUAAAAUUGCAGAAAAACAAAAAGUCAAAAAAGAAAUAAAAGAAACAAAAGAAACGAACAAAGAAACGAACAAAGAAACAAAAGCCAACAUUAGUCUUUAUGAAUACUUGUAUAACAAAAGAAUCAUACAAGUAAAUCCAAAAAUGUCAGCUACCUUUAGGGAAGCAAAGAAAAUUAGCACUGGCCGAGGUUUUAAUAUUGUUUAUCAACAAAUAAAAUCUGAAGUUUCACAAAACCAAGGACAAGAUACAACUUUGGAACACUACAAUAAUGUUUUUGGCUAUGACGAUGAUAAAAAUGACAAUAAUGAUAUCGUUUUAUAAGAAAGACAAAAUUGUUCAAAGGUUCUCAAAUUUAGUUAAUAUAGAAUAUACAUAAAGAAUAAUAUUUAAGAAAUUUAACUGUUUAAGUUUUAAACAAGUUACUCAUAAUACCCAUAAUAUUGCUUAGUUAGUUACUGAUAAUAUUACUCAAAUACUUACAAUAACAUAAGUACUUGUCACCUAAAAGGUAUUAAUUAUGUGACUAUACGAAUGUAGAUGAUUAUUUUAUAUAAUAUGUUUGUAUUGAAUAUAUUGUUAUAAAUAAAAUAAUGGUUACAAAGUUA